AUGGACUCCGUCAAUUUUAUUAUCGGCACUAAUAUCAGGUUUAGCGCUAAGGACCUGGACAAGUACACCAAUCCGUUCAAAUAUUUCAUCCCGGAGAGACGUUGGCUUAUACAAAGAAUGCAGGCGGGAUACUCUUUCACAGUUGUAAGCAAGUCGCUACGCCAUAUCAUCGAGAGCAAUCUAGGCUCGGCGGAAUACGUGAUCAGCUCUGGGGAAGAGAUGUGGAGCAUGGGAUUCGAAGUCUUGCUGUUCGUGACCAAGGACGAGACUUUCGUCUCAUGCGACACGGAUUUCAUGCCGGAUGCUCUCUUCUUUGGCUCGGAAGACAGUGGAUCAGUGGAGGUGCAUAACACAGACGAGCCUCGAGCAAGACGUGUCAUGAAGAAGCUGAACGGGGCGCCACUCACGAUUGUGUGUCCUCUAGUGACGGCGAGCAUCAAGUCCCCAAUGGUCCUUAACUCAAUCUCCUACUGGAAGCCAUUCCAUACCAAGAACAUCAAGGUCUAUACCAUUGACAAGGAGUCUUCGUACGCCCACAUGACUGUGGGGAGAUGCAAAAUCAAGAGAACUAUUCCGAGGUGUAGUUGGGACGAGGGUAUCAAAGCGACCGCGUGGAGUAUCCAGCUCGGGAGCGGCGACCGCGACAGGACCUAUUACGAUAUAGACACGGUAUGA